AGCUGUUCCAAGAUGGCGUCCACACGAACCAUCCGGGCCGCUGCGAGACAAGUAAAACCCAUUUUAUCCGUCGACCAGGGAGAGGCGAGGAAACGUGUACUGAAUCUUUAUAAAGCUUGGUAUCGUCAGAUUCCUUAUAUCCUGAUAGACUACGAUUUUCCCAAGUCAAAGGAGCAGUGCAGGGAAAAGCUUCGUGAAGAGUUCGAGAAGCACCGUCAUGUGCAGGACAUACGCGUCAUAGACAUGUUGGUCAUCAAGGGCCAGAUGGAGCUGAAAGAAACUGUGGAAAUCUGGAAGCAGAAGCAUGGCCUCAUGGCCUACUGGAGGGACAGUGUUGAUCCCAAGCCCAAGGACUUCCUCAGCAAGUUCUUAGAUGGCCAUGAUUGAAGAGGCUAAUAUUUAUGUUUAAAAUUUAGAAGUGGGUGUUUUUUAACCUCAAUGUUUUUUUUUUUUCUGGAUCUUCAAGAAAUUUAUUGCUGACUGUAAUUUGAUAAGAAAGGUAUUAAUAUCCUUUCCUAUGUUCAAACAACUCUCCCUGAGGUUCUAAAUUUACUAAAAAAUACAAUGUAAAUACAUCACCUGUGUAGAUAUUUAUAUUAAAAGAGUAAGCCAUA